AUGUCGCUCUUCAGAGUUGGGGGCACUGCCUGCCUUCGGGCGAGCCGAUUGGCUGCUCCCGUCAAUGCCCGUUUCGUCUCCAAUGUCAAGACCACGCCGGCCGACCCUCCGACCACGCUUCGCAAAGAGAGCGAGCUGAUCAACAAGGAGACCCCUUCGGAGGCGAUGUCCCGUCAUCAACCGGACUAUGAUGCCACCAUUGAUCACGGCACCUCACAAUUCUCUCCAGUCCCCAAGCGUGUGAUGGACGGCAGCGAGCCCGGCGAAACCGUCCCCGCCGCUGUUCUCUCCGGCGCUCCGACCGAUCUGCAGGCUCGCACUGUCAGAAUCUACCGCCCCACGAAGCCCGCCACUCAGUCCGGAACUUGGCACGCGCACCACUGGCGGAUGGAUUGGGAUAUUUUGCAGAAGGGACACCGAUGGGAGAACCCACUGAUGGGCUGGCAGUCGUCUGCCGAUGGAAUGCAAGGAACCAACCUGACCUUCAAGUCCAAGGAGGAUGCGAUUCUGUUUGCGCAGAAGCAGGGCUACGAGUACUUUGUUCAGGAGCCGAACGAGCGCCGUUUCGUGCCCAAGGCGUAUGCAAACAACUUCCUGCAUGAAACGAGGAAGCUCAAGCACAUCAAGACGAAAUGA